AGUAAACCAUACUUCUUGUGGGGUCUCGUAAAUCGAACAUCUCUCUAUUUAAAACAAUGGAUAGCGGAAUAUCUCAACACGACGAGGAUGUUUUAAACCGAAUAUUUAAUCCUAAUCUGCCGUAUAAUAAUGAUGAAGAGGCCAAAGAAGUAAUUCAAUCAGAAAUUGAAACUGAAGAUGACCUUCGAGCAAAACCAUAUGAAGUGGAAGCGAUAAAAUUAGCUGAGAAAGGAGAAAUGGAUCAAGCUUUUGCGAAACUUAAUGAAGCUAUUAAACUUGCUCCAAAUAGAGCAUCUUGCUUCAACAAUCGGGCUCAAGUGUAUAGAUUAAUAGGAGACUUGAAUAAUGCCCUAAAGGAUCUGGACACCGCCAUAGAUCUAAGCAAAAGUAAAGGAAAGGCUGCUUGCCAAGCUUUCACUCAAAGAGCUUUAAUUCGAAAAUUGCAGGGUAAUGAUGACGGAGCGAUUUGCGACUUUAAAAGCGCUGCUGGUUUAGGAAGUGACUUUGCAAAAAGUCAGGUAAUUGCUAUGAAUCCUUAUGCUGCUCUCUGUAAUCAAAUGCUUGGAGAAAUGAUCAGUAAACUGAAAAAGGGUGAAACAGAUUAG